UACAGUACCCCAUCUUUCGUCGACGUCGAUAGCGACUGAAAACUGGAAAGUCCCUGACAGUCAAGCGAGGGUUUCCGGGAGGAACUAAUAUGAAUUAAAAGAGAACUGUCGGGCCUUCCUUCGCCUGACUCCCCUUUAUGGAUUUUAAGAGCCAAUUUGGCGUGUAUUUUUAAUCUAAAAGCGAGUGUUCCAGCUAGCUAAUCUGUGCGAGCUAGAGUAGCUCUUUGUGUGGCUAGCGGCUAGCUUGAGGGAUGUUGUCUUGUUGAGCCCAAGGUAGCCCUCCCGUCGUCUGGGAGAGGUGGGCAGACAGACGUCAUCGGUUCGUGUUGGAACCACGUCGUCGUCACUCAUAACAAAAUAAUUAGAAAAGGUGGCCUGCGAAACAUUCGCUUUGUUACAUAAGGGAAUCGACGUCGAGAGAAACAGAGAGGAAAGGAAGGAGUUCGGCCGAAGAUGGGCAACUGCCUUAAGUCCCCAACUUCGGACGACAUGUCGUUGCUCCACGAAUCCCAGUCGGACCGGGCCAGCUAUGGAGACGGCGUCGACCCUGACCUAGAGCCACCGCCCCCUUACCAGGAACAGAUUCACGUUCCAACCUACCACCCGACACCUAGCCAGCCCCGACUCGCCACCCAACUGACAGAAGAGGAGCAAGUGCGCAUCGCCCAGCGCAUCGGACUGAUCCAGCACCUUCCGAGGGGUGUCUUUGACCCCGGGCGGGAUGAAUCAGAGAAAAAGAUCAGAGAGUGCGUCAUCUGCAUGAUGGACUUUGUGUACGGGGACCCCAUCAGAUUCCUGCCCUGCAUGCACAUCUACCACAUGGACUGUAUCGACGACUGGCUCAUGAGGUCCUUCACCUGCCCGUCCUGCAUGGAGCCGGUGGACGCCGCCUUGCUUUCCUCCUACGAGACCAACUGACACACAUCCGCAUGUGCACGCACCCAUACGCAAACUCACACGCACACACACUCCUAUGGACCACGCUUGACACAAACUGGCACAUGGACUGCACACUUGUAGACCUAUCCAGCAUUAGUAAAGAUGGGGGCAAGUGUUCACGAGUGGGCCUGCUGGUCAGGAUUGUGUCUGUGAAAGAGAAAGAAUUGGAGCUGCAUACCAGGAAGCAGCGGACAUUUUAAAAAAAGAAGAAAAGGUCACUGAGACAGUGUCACAUACUUGUACUACUCACAAAGGUCAAAGAAGGUUCACCUGCAAAGGUUGUAGUGUAUUUUAGGUUGAUUCAAAGCCCAGUAUCCCAAACCUUUUUUGGGAGUUGUGUAUCUUUGAUGUAGACUGUGACGCCACUCAAGAUGGCCCCAUCUGCCCGCCGUGCUGUUUUUCCCUUUGCCUUGGAUCCUUGUCAAGAGGAGAUAGAAGAAGUAGCAGUCCAGGAGAUUUGCAGCUUCCAAAAUGGCCGCCGGCUCCAAGCUGCCAGCCGCACCGAUGCGUGAUUAGAUUACAACAGACGCUCUCAGUCUUGAUCCCCCGUGAGUAAUGUCAAUUUGAAUGUGUGUGUUUUUUUUUUUUUUUGUAAAGGGCUUUGUUUAAUUUCCCCCCCACAUGGCACAAGGAAAUGUGAGCUGACAAGUCAAGCCAUGGCCUACAUAACAUUCACGUCGCCUUUAUGGCGGAUCGCCGCAUCGAAGGGGAAAAGGUAAUAGAGCUGGUCUGUACCUUUCAGACAGAACUGGCUAAAACGGGAUUUUGCGCUGUCUGUAGAAAGGUUCACGUAUUUGGAUAAUUAGAUGUUCAUGACAGGGCUUCCAACACAAAGUGCAGCGGGAAACGUGUUAAACUUCACACCGGCUGUGCCUCUGCCGACAAAUUCACAGGGUGAAAGCUUUUCCCAUCAACACAAAAAUGACACAUGUCCUAAGCAGGUUCCGUAAACGCGUGCAUAUUCGCAGUUCGGGAACAGCAGUUGGGCCGUUAUCGGCUUUUGCCGAUGGAAAUAGCGAGCCGAGUCGUACGUCGAUGCCGCGCAGUAGAAAAAGGAGACCAGCAAUUCACAAUGAGUCUCAAAGUUAAACUGUAUGGGGUGGUGAAAACCACACACCGCCUUUUGCACAGUGCUUUAUGAAUCAGCUAUGUAACAGCGGAACUCAAACGACAAGCCCAUACUUGCAAACAAUUUGAAUACUCGGAGCUCAUUUAAAUAGGAACUUCAUUCAAAUGAGCUGCUCUUAUUUAUUUCCACCAAGAUGACUCACGGGCGGGCGCUCACUGCUGGCCGGAUGUUCGUUGACAAUGAAACAGCUGUACGUAAAGUUGCCUCACUUGGGAGCGGCCAGGCGUUGUCUGUUUUAUUUAUUUUUAAAAGCCGAGCUCACUGGCACGUGUUUGAUUGUGGGUGGAUUUUUGUAAGAACCAAACGGUCCAUCUCUGCUCAUUUAAAUGGGUUGUGUUUGCUCAUUUACAUGGGUGUGUGUGUGUGUUUUAUGUUUGUGUAAGGAUCCCUGUUGAACAUUUCCUUGUGUGAGUAGUGAGACUUGUUUCCACUUUAUCACUGCCUGAAGCUGAACCGUUUUCCCGUCAGUCUGUGCUGUAGAAGAGAUCAGUAAUAUUUUAUAAAAUAGUGUUAGUCCUUUUGAAUCUGGAUUAGGAGGCAUUGUGACUCAAUAUUGUUUCUCAUUGCAGGACUUUAUAAACUGCUCGGCAAACCGAGGGGGUCAUAUUACCAUCACCACUUGUGACAGUACAGACAAGUUUCCAGGGCCGGGCACAUUUUGUAAGAAGUAGUAUUCACAUGUGGCUGCGCUAACAUAGAAGACCAAAUUUAUUGUAAACUCCGUAUUGUUUAUUGUAAUGUCAAUUUGUUUGUUGUGGAAUACAUGGGAAGAUGACCUUGGAAAAAUGAUUACAUAUUAAAUCCGAAUUUCAAUAUUGAGAAGGGGUGGGGGACAAUUAUUUUUAGUUUUAUUUAUCACUAACGAUGCACAGUGUUGGAUUGCUUUACCCCUGAUUUUUUACAGUAACUUCAAGGUAAGCUUAACACUCUGAUCAUGCACGUUUCUAUCAAGGUGUAUAACUUUCCUAUAUUCCUAUAGUCAUUCAAUAUCUCCGUCACGUGGGCUUUGUCUUUCCGCAGUCAGCAAUUGUAGCCCAGAUCUUGUUGACAUAAUAUCUUAUCUGAUAUGGAAUUCGAACAACUUGGAAGUCUAUUUGUAGCGGCACAAUCCAAAUAAAUCGAUUAGAACAAUGAAAA